UCAGACCAAACUAAUCGAUUUAGAGAAAAAUGGAGCCGCUUUGGCUGUUUGCGGCUUUAUUACAGCUACAUGUUGCUUGUUUUGGAUUUGUUAGCGCAUCAGACAAAAACUGGAAGAUAUUUACGGAUAACAUCGCCAAAGCCAUGAAAUCCUACACACCCUGCAACCCUGACAACUGUGGCUGCCAUUUAAGUGUCCUCCAGGAUGACUUACGGUCGUUUGAAGCCGGUAUUUCUGAAGAUUUCAUGGCUGCGACGGUGAAAAGAGGAGUGGGAACACAUUACCAAAUCAUUAAUCAUAAGUUAUACAGAGAACACAACUGUAUGUUUCCAGCCCGAUGCAGUGGGGUGGAGCAUUUCAUCUUGGAGGUGAUUGACAAGCUGCCGGAUUUGGAGAUGGUCGUGAACGUGCGGGACUAUCCUCAGGUGCCGGACUGGGUGCACCAGAUCAUGCCCGUCUUCUCUUUCAGUAAGACGAGCGACUACCACGACAUCAUGUAUCCCGCGUGGACGUUUUGGGAAGGUGGACCGGCGGUGUGGCCUAUAUACCCCACCGGACUGGGACGAUGGGAUCUGAUGAGAGAUGACCUCAAAAAGUCGGCAGCGCAGUGGCCGUGGGAGAAGAAGGAGUCUAAAGGUUUCUUUAGAGGCUCUAGAACUAGCCCUGAGCGUGACCCUCUUAUCCUGCUGUCAAGGGAAUCCCCAGAGCUUGUGAAUGCAGAGUACACCAAAAACCAGGCCUGGAAGUCAGAAAAGGACACAUUGGGUAAACCUCCCGCCAAAGAAAUCCCACUCGUCGAUCACUGCAAAUACAAGUAUUUAUUUAACUUCAGGGGAGUAGCGGCCAGUUUUCGGUUCAAACACCUGUUUCUCUGCGGCUCCCUCGUUUUCCACGUCGGCGAUGAAUGGCAAGAGUUUUUCUAUCCGCAGCUCAAGCCGUGGGUCCACUACAUACCCGUGAAACAAGAUCUGUCAGACGUCAAGGAGCUUCUUCAGUUUGCCAAAGAGAACGACGACAUAGCCCAAGAUAUCGCUUCAAGAGGGAAGCAGUUCAUCCUCGACCACCUAAAAAUGGAGGAUAUCUCGUGCUACUGGGAAAAACUUCUCACCGAGUACAGCAAACUUCUGACGUACAAGCCAAAGCUAAGAAACGGCUACAAUCAGGUUAUGAACAAAUUUGGAAAGACGGAGUUGUGAGGACAGGACAACAGGGGGCAGUAGUGAGUAAUGACAGCAGUGUUGAACGGGAACAACCUCAAACAAACGUGCUCAGUGUCAAAUACGAGGUGCAUUUGUUCUGUUUUGUGCCACUAAAUAAAAACAACAGCUUUCUGCAGUAGUUUUAGUGCCUUUACAAUGACGAUUAAUAGGAGUGGAAUGAGAUUUUGUCCACGAGAACGAGACAAGAUGAGAUUUUAACAUAAUUCAUAAUAAGAAAUGACAUGUUUCAGUUCAAGAUUUUGUCCUGACCAAGUAUGAUUUAUGUUAUGUAAUAUUUUUGCUCUUAUUGUAGCGCUGUUUUGUUUGUUUUUUAGAACUAUGACUUGUAACUUGCCAGCAUUUCAUCAUUUUUGUCCAAUCCAAAUGUUAAAAUAUGGGGGAAAAACUCACAAGAUAUUUUUUUUUUUAUCUUGUCUCGCGAGAUCUUGUGGUUUGAGAUGAUUAGACCGUUAUUUUUUGCUUUUUGCGCAUCUUUUGUUGCUUUAAUAGAUCAUAUUCUUUUGCUGCAUCUGAAAUCUCUUGACAUCUUUAGAGCUACAGUGUCCUCUACUGACCAGAGUGGCAAUAGUUUUGUUUUAUACUGUUUUAUAUCAAAUUUGUGGUCAUUUACAAAGCAAACAAACUGUCACAACGAUGCCAACUGUUAGACAAUUUCUUCUUAUCAUGUUUAUAAAUGUAUUUGUCUCAGAAUAGCGACACACUGAAUGCGUUGGCAGUGAAUAUGUUGUAAUAUUCACAUUAUUUCUGACAUCAUGUUUCUGUUAAUGAUUUAAUAAUGACAAACCGAGCUCUGAUACGAUGAACAUGUGACCAAAAUGCUGUGAUUUUUGUAUAACAUGUACAAAAACAAUAUGAAGUUUGUGUUUUAAAUAAAUAAAAUUGUUC